UCUGUAUCCUCGAUAUCAGCAUCUGCAUCGCUCUCGCCCUGAGGGUCGGACAGGACGCACUCCUCCUGCAAACCCAUGAAAGUCAGCGUGAAAGACAGAUCUAUGAAAACCUUCUAAUGACCACAGCCUCCAUGCUUUUAUUUUGUAGUCUCUGGAACCUCAUGAAUCAUCGUCCACUAUUUUCAAACCAAACACUCCACGAUGGCGUCGGUCUGCGUGAGAGUUCUCAUCGUGCGUCACUUUUUUAUUCUCACCACUGUUAUUAUGCAUGAAUCAGCCGACACCUUCGACACAUGACUAAUGAGCUCACAGAUCCAGUCAGCUGCUUUCUAUCGACUAACACAAAGACUGAUACACAGACAGAUCUGAACACUGUGAAACUGAUCCAGGUUUUAUUAAGGCAGAGUUCAUGAACUGUUUAUGUUCAUACUAUAUUCAAGAUUUGAGAAGCCCGGCUUCGUUUAACAAAGAACAACAAACAAGAACAAAGAGUUGCAUUACAGUCAUUUAUCGAAAUCUUAAAUCAAUGCAUUAUGCAUACAUUUUGCAUUUACUUUUUAAAAGUUUAAGGAAAUCUUUUCGACAUUUCGACAAUAAUUCUUAUCCCCAACUACGAUAACUAUGAUGCGUUCAUAAACGUGGGAGAAAUGGAAAUUCACCGGAGAUAUAAAGCUGGCUAUGUUUAGGUUGUCUUGUGUCAAUGUUGUCAUUUCCUGUUUUAUUUUGAAAGGUAACUCUCCUCUCAUUUCAUGUAUCCCCGCCCUGAUUGUUUCCACCUGUUCCUCGUCACCCUGUGUAUAUAUUGUCUGCGUCUCUUUUUGUCCUUGUCCUCUGUGCCAGAGAACCAGCUCCUCACCCUCGUCUCGUCAAAGUCCUCGUCUCGUGUCUCAUCAGAGUUUAAAGAAUCUUUGGCAAAAAAAUCUUGUUCCGAACCACCAGGAGAUAGUUUAGCUUAUCUCUGCUGUGCAGUUGGACCCUUUUUAACAUGGAGGUUUAUGGGAACUGCACGGCACUUCUACACUGGCUUCACUUCAAAACCACGGCUGCUUGCUGCUUGAAGUCGUCAUGAGGAACACGAGCUACCAGCAGCAUCCGUGUUCCUGGUAUUAGUCAUGCUUGAAAACAGCUGCCCGCCAAAAUAAAAGCCAUCACAUCAAAUCUUCAGACACCUGCAGUGUUCACACAGGAGCGUUUCCUGACGGCAGAGAGAGAAGAGAAGAUCGUUAAAUCAAUCAUUAAACUCUUAGUCUGAGACUGAAGUUUAAGAUUAAUUAAAAAUGUUUUUGUUUUCAUAAGGUUUGAUGGUUUUCACGUCUGAUGUCCUCGGACGGCUGCUUCAGCCCAACCUGUGACGGCCGGAGGUGUCAGUCAAAGCGUCCACGCUCUUAACCCUGCAUAACUGUAAGCCUUAAUAUAAUGUGAACAGAAGCAGCCAGCAGUCUCGGUGUUGGGGAUGAAGAGGAGUAACAUCAUAACCAUCGCCCUGAGCAGCCUGCCUCCGCCUCGCCUCCUCCCCCCUGCUAUCUACAGCAUGGACAGCAGUGUGCUAGACAGAGAGGAUAUUCAGCAUCUUCAAGCGCUAAUCCCAACAGAAGAGGAGCUUUGUCUGAUCAAGGAGGCCAAGGCCCAGAACCCCAACGCCCCUCUAGCCCCAGCUGAGCUCUGCCUGUUCACUCUCGGAGAAAUCCCACAUCUGAACUCCAGGCUUCAGCUGUGGGCCUUUGCUCUGGACUACGACUCCUUAGAAAGGGAAAUUGCUGAGCCUCUCUUUCAUCUGAAGUUGGCCAUGGAGCAGCUCUCAGCCAGCCAGACCUUUAGAUGUAUUCUAGCAACCGUGUUAGAGAUCGGUAACUUUCUAAAUGGAUGUAAAGCCCGUGGUUUCGAGCUGAGUUACCUGGGGAAGCUGUCUCAGGUGAGGGAUACGCACACUCGGCAGCCCCUGCUGCACCACGUCUGCGUUCUCCUGAUGCAGAUCUACCCACAAUCGUCUGACCUCUACUCCGACAUCACUGCUGUUACUAAAGCUGGCAAGUGCGACUACUCCCUAGUCCAGUCCAACUUCGCCCAGCUAGAAGCCCAGUGCAAAGCGUCGUGGGAGCAGCUGAAGAUUUUGGACAAGUCGGAGGACAAGAGGAAAGGAAAGUCAGAGAAGAGGAGAUGGGGAGGACAAGACGACGUCCCGGAGGGAUCCCUCCGUCACAGGUUGACGAAACUUUUGAAGGAGUGCGAGGAGAGGCUGAAGGUCCUGAGAGCCGUCCAUCGCCGGGUCAUCAACAGGUUCCACUCUUUCCUCUUAUUCCUAGGCUACUCCAAAGCAAUGGUGAGAGACACCAAAGCGGAGGACUUCUGUAGAACCGUCAGUAACUUCUCGUUGGAGUACCGGACCACGAGGCAGGCCAUCCUCCUGCAGAGAGAGAGGGAACAACAGAGAAGUAAAGCCGAGAGCUCAGGUCCGAAUACUCCCGCGGUCAGAAGGAAAUGUCAACAAACGGCAACACAGGAUAAUGAGGAGCAGCGUAGGCUGGAGGAGGUUCUGAGAACGCCCGAGUCCACCUCAAGGCUGGACGGCACGCUGCCUCGAAACCGCAGGAGGACGGCUGACAUUCAAGGUCCUUCAUCACGAAAGCUGAAGUGGUAACCCUGCUGAUACACUUACAAAAGUCGUCAGUCACUGGUGUAUUGGAGCAAAAGUGUUUGCAAUUGUUAUUUAUGACGUCACAUUUUUGAGGUGCUAUGUCGUUAACGAGUAAGAAAACGGACGGGUGCAGUUUUAAUCGUGUGAAGUCAGGAUGCACUAAAAAGUCUGUGUGUGUGCGUUUGUGACAAAACGACAAAAUCAAUGAUAAAAUGUGUAAAAACGAAAUAAAAAAUGAUCAAACUUUAAAAAAGGAAAAACACUGAAGCAACAUUGUGUAUCUGUUCCACAUGAUGCUUUACGACACCAUGUCGCUGGUGAUAUUAAGCCUUAAUAUAAUGUGAACAGGUGAGUUGUAUAUAAAUUCAC